CAGGGCAGAGGCCUGAGGGGACAGAGCUGGCCCCUCCUGGGGCGGCCUUUCAACCAGGCCCCUCGGUCGGGGGAGGGGGAGGCUGCCUCUUGGCUUGGAGACUCGGCAGUUCCGCGGUUCCGGGAGACUGACUGGCCCCAUGGCGACCAGCGGGGACCCGGAGGAGGAGCAGGUCGUCCCGAGUGAAGAGGAUGGAGCGGACGUGCGGGCGGUGCAGGCCCGGUACCUCCGCAGCCCCUCGCCCAGCCGGUGCUCUGUGGUCUCGGAGGCGGAAACCGAAAGCAUCUUCAUGGAGCCCAUCCACCUGUCCUCGGCCCUGGCGGCCAAACGCAUCAUCCGAGAAGAGCUGAAGCCGCGGGGGCCCAGGGCCGCGGCCGAGUGCCUGGGCCUGCUGGAGUCGGCCGAGCAGCUGCUGGUGGAGGACCUGUACCAGCGCGUGCGGGAGAAGAUGGACGACGGCAGCCUGUACAACACGCCCUGCGUCCUGGACCUGCAGCGGGCCUUGGUCCGCGACCGCCAGGAGGCCCCCUGGAACGAGGUGGACGAGGUCUGGCCCGGCAUCUUCAUAGCGGAGAAGAGCGUGGCUGUGAACAAGAGCAGGCUGAAGAGGCUGGGAGUCACCCACAUCCUGAACGCCGCGCACGGCGCCGGCGUGUACACGGGACCCGAGUUCUACUCGGGCCUGGACGUCCAGUACCUGGGGCUGGAGGUGGACGACUUCCCCGAGGUGGACAUCUCCCGGCACUUCCGGAAGGCCGCCGAGUUCCUGGACGAAGCGCUGCUGACCUACCGAGGGAAAGUCCUGGUCAGCAGCGAGAUGGGCGUCAGCCGCUCGGCGGUGCUCGUGGUGGCCUACCUGAUGAUCUUCCACCACAUGGCCCUCCUCGAGGCCUUGAUGACCGUGCGGAAGAAGCGGGCCAUCUACCCCAACGACGGCUUCCUGAGGCAGCUCCGGCAGCUCAACGAGAAGCUGAUGGAGGAGAGAGAGGAGGACUGGGGCCAGGAGCGGGGCGUGGAGGGCGAUCGCGUGGGGGGCUCGGGCGGGGCCAGGGUGCACCGCCUCACCGUGGAGGAGGAGGAGGACGACGCCACCAGCCACCUGAGCGGCUCCUCCCUGGGGAAGGCCAGCCUGGCCUCCAGGCCCCGCCCCCUCAUCGACGAAGAGGAGGAGGAGAAACUCUACGAGCAGUGGAAGAGGGAGCAGGGGCUCCCCACGGGCUCGGCCCCCCGGGGCGGGGAUGGCGGGCGCUCAGCCCAGGGCGGGGAGGAGCCGGAGGACGAGGACGUGGAGAGGAUCAUCCGGGAGUGGCAGAGCCGAAACGAGAGGUGCCAGGCAGAAGGGCACCGGAGGUGGGAGCGGGAGGAAGAGGAAGAGGAGGCAGACGGGGCAGAGGCCGGCUCCUGGGCGGGCAGCAGGCGCAGGCUCACCUUGAGCGAGAGCAGCGCCUCAGAGAGCGUGAGCAGCCGAGCCAGGCGGGUCCUGACGCAGCGGCUGGAGGGCGGCAGCCAGAACCGGGGUGGCAGACGCCGCUCCGACUCUACGUCCACGGAGAGCACCUGGGACAUGUGGAACGAGAGGCUGCUGCAGAUUGAGAAGGAGGCGUCCCAGAGGUACCGCUCCCGGAGCAGGAGAGAGGAGGAGGCGGAGGACGCCAGCUCGGAGGCGGGCAGCAGGGCACGAGAAGACGAUGAGGAGAGCGUGCUGUCCGAGGCCAGCUCCUUCUAUAACUUCUGCAGCAGGAACAAGGACAAGCUCACUGCCCUGGAAAGGUGGAAGGUCAAGAGGAUCCAGUUUGGGUUUCACAAGAGGGACUCAGAGGCAGGAGAUGGCAGCAGCGAGCACAGCGCCGAGGAGGCCGAGCGGGAGAAGCGCGGCUCCGACGUCAACCUGACGGCCUACCAGGCCUGGAAGCUGAAGCACCAGAAGAAGGUGGGCAGCGAGAACAAGGAGGAGGUGGCGGAGCUCAGCCAGGGGGAGGCUUCCCUGCUGGCCAAGAAGAGGCAGCGGAGGCUGGAGCUGCUGGAGAGGAGCAGGCAGACGCUGGAGGAGAGCCAGUCCCUGGGCAGCGGGGAGGCCCCCGGCUCGGCGGCCGCAGGGAGCGUGCCCCUGUCUGCCUUCUGGUUUGCGGCCCCCUCGGUCAGUGCUGAUGGGGACACGGCAUCCGUGCUUAGCAGCCAGAGCCUCAGCUCCCACCUGUCUCAGGCCGUAAGCAGCGCAGGCGGAUGCCUGGCCCCCGCCCCCAACACCCCUCUGCCUAACCUGCCCGUGGGGCCCGGCGACACCAUUUCCAUCGCCAGUAUCCAGAACUGGAUUGCCAAUGUAGUCAGCGAAACUCUCGCCCAGAAGCAAAAUGAACUGCUGCUUCUGUCCCGCACCCCGUCCGCGGCCGGCGUGAAGGUGGCCCCCGCAGCCGGCUGCCCGGCGGACGACCAGGCGUCUGUGCUCAGUGCACAGAGCGCCCCCGCCCUGGGCCUCCCGCCUCAGGGCCAGGCAAGGCCCGGUCCCGACAUGCAGUCCGUGCUGUCCGGCCACAGCGCCCUGAGCUGCGGCACCGAAGGCACGGGCAGCAGGGCGAGGGGGACCAGCAAGCCUACGUACAGCCUCUUUGCCGACCACGUCAACCUGAAGGAGCUUGGCCAGAAGGAGAGGGAGAUGCAGAUGGAGCUGAGGGAGAAGAUGUCUGAGUACAAGAUGGAGAAGCUGGCCUGCGACCACAAACGCAGCAGCCUCUUCAAGAAGAAGAAGAAGGCCCGGGAAGAGGAGGAUGGGGAUGCGGGUGAGAGAGACGAGGACGUGGACAGCGCCAUAGGCAGCUUCCGGUACUCUUCCCGCGGCGACUCCCAGAAACCGGACACAGACGCCAGCUCCUCCCUGGACGCCUCCGAUCGCUACGGCAGUGGCAGCGGGGCCGGCCGCGAGAGGGACAGCAGUGUCGCUAAGUGGCUCAGUGGCCUCGGGACAGAGGGACAGUCUCCUCCCCAAAGCGACUGGUCUGGAAGCUCCCGGGGGAAGCACACCAGGUCUUCCCUGCUCCGGGAGACAGAGUCUAAAUCCUCCCAGUACAAGUUCUCCAAGUCGCAUUCGGAGGAACAGGACACCUACCAGGCGGCCAAUGGCGGCGCCGUGAGGAGCACCUCACGUGUCUCUUCCUCCUCCACCAGGGAGACCAGGGAGACCCGCCAGGUCUCCAGGGCCCUGUUCAGCGAGGCCUCGAGCUCGCGGGAGGCCAGCCCGGAGCCCUCGGUGGGGGAGGAGUCCCCUGAGCCCCGACGUCCACCCUGGGCCAGGCCCAGGGACUGGGAGGACGUGGAAGAGUCAUGCAGGGCAGACUUCUCUGAGUUUGGAGCCAAGAGGAAAUUCACACAGAGCUUCAUGAGGUCCGAAGAGGAGGGAGAGAGAGAGAGGACGGAAAGCAAAGAAGAAGGGAGGUUCGCAUCGGGACGGCGGGCCCGGUACCGGCGGAGCACGGACAGGGAGGAGGAGGAAGAAAUGGACGACGAAGCCGUCAUCGAGGCCUGGAGGCGCCGGCAGGAGGAGACGCGGACCAAGCUGCAGAGGAGAAGGGAGGAUCAGCGGGGAGGCAGCCCCGGGAGGGACUGAGGACGCGGGAGGGGGCGUGCGGCUUAGCGCAGGGCACACGGUGCCAUCGCCCGUCAAGGGACAAGGGUGUGCACAGGCUUUCAAGGGGACAGAGCUGAAAUAAGGGGUCCCAGGCAGAGGGC